AACAUAGGUUUUUUGGAAUGCAGAUUUCUUUCAAAAUUCUUUACGUAAAGUCAAAUUUGUGUAAGACGAGAACUGAGAACUAUCUGUAUUCCAAAUGUAUUCUAAUCAGAGCAGAAUACAACACAACUAUUUAUGUCAACAAGCAUUGAUAGGUACCUAACACUGCUAGGACUGGGUUUACAAAGAAAGGCAAAAACAGUCCUUGCUCUUCAAGGAGCUUUCAGUCUAAUGGGACAACUGGUGAGGAAAAGGGAGAUAUGGGUAGUACACGACUUUAAAUUUAAACUGUAUUAUUAACAUUUUCUCUAUCUCUUUCUUAAAUCUAGACGAUCAGAAAAGCAAACAAGCCUUGAUUUUCGGUGUUUGUUGAUUUCCAUUGUGUAAAUGCUCACACUGAAAAUGGCUUUCAUGGUCAAGCUGGCUCUAGCAAAUUCCUGGACAGCAUGCAGACAGCCAUGUACAAAUGAGACUUUUGCAGGCUAAAAUGGCAAUGUUUUCAGAAGGCAUCAAGGGGGUCGGGAAAGACUUCUUGAACAAGGGAGGAUUUUAGCAUCGAUUCAAAGAAAGCCAGGAGGCAAUGGUGAGGAAGGAGAGAAUUGCUGAACCAGUCAGUGUAAACCACAGUCAGGAGAUGAAAGGUCUUGUCCACAGAACAGCCAAGAUACCAGGUUCACUGGAUUGAAGAGUAUGGGGGAGGGAGCACCUUGGAAGAGGUCUAAAAGAGUAGGAAGGGAGGAUAAGAUUAUGAAGAGUUUUGAACGCCAAGCAGAGGAUUUUGUAUUUGAUCCUGAAAAUAAUGGGUAUCCAAAUGGAAGUUCUUGAAAGACCGGGGUGUGUGAGGUGAGGGGUGGCCAUGGUCAGACUUGUAUUUUAGGAUAUCUCUGGCAGCUGAGUGACAGUUGGGGUGAAACAGGAAGAGACUUAGCAGGUCAGUGAGGACCUGCAUGAUAGGCCUGAACAUGAAUUGGAAAUUCCAAGUCUGGGUGCUGGGAGAAUGGGGAUCCCACUGACACAGAAAUAGAGAUGUCAGGUAGAGAAGCCAGUUUGAGGAUAAGACGACGAGAGUAUUGUUAGACAUAACUACUAAAUGUUUGUUGCCUGACAUGUUAAGGUUGAAGUACAGGUGAUAUGUUCCACUAGCAGGCAUCUGGAAUUAAAAACAAGGGUUGGAGAGUCUGGGGGCGCAUCUGCAUAGAGCCGGUAUCUGCCCCAUGAGAAGGAAUGAGCUUCCCAAGAGAGCAAGUGUGUGAUAGAGAAGAGCUGAAUAUGCAGCACAGAACUUUAGGAGCCAUUUGCUCAUGGCAAGUAGGACCCAAGAGGAACCAGUGCUGUUUGCUCUCUGCUUCAAGGAUUUCCAAGGAAUUCCUGUGCUCUGGUCAUUUCCCAGAAAGCUCUGCUCAUCUCUUGUUUCUUACCCUCAUAAUAAUUUCUAUCCCAGGAGCAAGGUCUUCCCUUUUCUCAUGGCAAAUCUGUGGCCCUUAGGAAUGCCUCGCAAAAAAUCACAUUUCAGUCCUGCUCAGGACCUGGAGUAGUUUCCUUGGCUUUGCUCUUCACUUGAUGAUUGCUUUCUCUUGUUAGGAUAGGCACCUGCUUUCAGUUACUGACCUGUUAAUACCUCUUCUGUGUAGGAGGCAGUAAGGGUGAGGGGAGGCAUCCGUGCCACCUUGUUUGUUCAGGUGGUAUUGGAGUCCGUGGGGUAUGAGACUGCCGGUAGGAGCCAGGAAAAUGAGCAGCACUCCAGAUCCUCUUUGGCCUCUUCUCUUGGAACAGGGCCCUCUUGUCUGCUCUGUAAGAGUUAUGAAGAAAAAAACAUCUCAGGAUCACCUGUUGGUCUGACUAGGUGAUUUCCUGGAUGAUCCCUCUGACCUUCACUUUGGGGAUUAGCAAGUACUUCCUCAGUGUCAGGCUCCUUGUUUACACACAGAUAUUGGCGGGGAGCUUGAUGAACUCUCUUGAGAGGACUUUUUACCUUAAGGAUUCCCUGUGAUGCCUGUUCAUUUGUGACAUCCAGGGAUUCUUUCCUGGCCAUGUUUGAAGCUAAGGCAGCUUUUGUCCCCACGCCAAGCAGGCUGUCCUUUUCAGUGGCCGCAGAGUAGCUAGGACUGGGCAAGCAUUAGGGUGUAGCAGGGAAUGAAUCCCCCAUCCUAAGCCCCCUAUGAUGAGGGGUCUCAUCAUUCAGUUGUGUUCCAAACAGCUGGAUAGCCCUCAACUCCUGAAAGGAGCUGCAGAUUUCUUCUUUAGAUGAAAUUUUAAUACUGCUGAUUUUAAAACUACCUUUUCCCCCCAAAGUCUGUUUGCAGAUGAGGGUCAGGCCCUCUUGUAGGAUUCCAGACUUUUCUCAGCUAAUCCUUCCUCCAUUUCUCCUGUUUUCCAUUACUGUUGGAGAGAUUUUUUUUGGCCUUGUUGGGCAUAGCAAAAAGCUGGACAUGGCCUAGCCACGUCCCAGACUUGAUGGCAGCAUAUCCCCUAAAAAUCAUCUUGUCCAGUCACCUCAUUUUAUAGACAGGGAAAUUGAGGCUUAGGGGGUGGAACAGAUUUUGCCUAUGGUCGUAGAUAUUUAUAACAGAAAUCUGGGAAGAGAGGCUUUUCCCUUUUUCCAUUCCUCCAUGAAGUUUGUCCCUUUUGUUCAUUGGGUUUUCUGUUAAUGGAGACAAAGAAACAAAUUUGUUUCUUGUUCGUGAAAAUCUGUCGGAUCGGGUCACCUUCCUCCCCCUAUUUAAAAACUUUCUCCAUUUUUCUACCUCCAGUUUUCUCAACUGUGUCUCAAAGUUUCUAGAUUCACUUUUCCUUUUGUGGACAUUUACGUCAUGCCCAUUGAUAUCUGUAUGUUGCUUUAUUUACAGAGUGUUUUGCAUUCAUCUUAUCUGAGCCUUAUAACAAUGCUAUGAAGUAGAUAUUAUUGUCCUCAUUUUAUAGAUAAUGGUAUCACACACAGUAAGCAUGGGAAUUUGAACCCAGAUCUUUCCAACAUUACUACUUAAACUCUUGAUUUCCCCUAAAUCCUGUUAAAUAAGCAAAGAACUGUACCUGCUCCCACCCCCUCAGGGGUACAAGGAAUAUUACUAGUUAGAUCACAUUGUUCCAUGCAAAAGAACUACAAGGUAAUUUCCCCUUCCCACCUGUAGGCAUUAGCUUGCUGAGUAAGCUGUGACCACUUUGGGUUUCUAGCAAGGGCCAGACACAUCAAACUCAGUGAGGUUGGUGUUAGCUUUUCUGACUCCAGGACCCUGGCCCCUUUGACCUUUUGCCAAUCAAUCAAGUGUGCCUGGUACUGUACUAGGUGCUGAGGUGCAAAAAAAAAAAAAAGAUUGGUCUCUGUGCCCCCCAAAUUUAACAAUCAGGGGAAGCACAAGGGCAUAAAACAAACACAAAAUUAAUAUAAGUUUGGAAGGGAGGGUAUGACAAAGUUGAGGAAAGAUCUCAUAUAGAAGAUAGUAUUUGGUCCAACUCUUGAAAAAUGAGAGAUUCUAGAAGGAAGAAGGAAGUGGGCAUGAGUGCCAGACCUUGAUUUCAGGCCAUGUGGAGCCCAUGGAGACCUCCCUGAUGUGAGCAGGCCUCUGCCCCCGCUGCCCCUCCCGGGAUUUUCUAAGCACCCUGAUCCCCUGGGGAGAGACCACAAGAUUCUGGAGCCGAGACCAUGUGACAGCGUUGCCCUGCCCCACCAUUCCCCCACCCCCGGCCUCUGCCGGUGCCAAGUCCAGGCCCUGGCCACGGCACCAUGAUGUUCCGAGACCAGGUUGGCAUCCUUGCCGGCUGGUUCAAGGGCUGGAAUGAGUGUGAGCAGACGGUGGCCUUGCUGUCCCUGCUGAAGCGGGUCACCCGAACCCAGGCCCGAUUUCUGCAGCUUUGCCUGGAGCACUCCUUGGCAGAUUGUAACGACAUCCACCUUCUGGAGUCAGAGGCCAACAGUGCUGCCAUCAUCAACCAAUGGCAGCAAGAGUCCAAAGAGAAGGUAGUCUCCCUCUUGUUGUCCCAUCUGCCCCUGCUCCAGCCCGGCAACACAGAGGCCAAGUCUGAGUAUAUGAAGCUGCUGCAGAAGGUGCUGGCCUAUUCCAUUGAGAACAACGCCUUCAUUGAGGAGAGUCGGCAGUUGCUGUCCUACGCCCUCAUCCACCCGGCCACCACACUGGAGGACCGAAACUCGCUAGCCCUCUGGCUCAGCCACCUCGAGGAACGGCUGGCCGGGGGCUUCCGGACCCGCGCGGAGACGGCCUACCACUCCCGCCAGGGCUCAGAUGAGUGGGGUGGCCCUGGGGAGGCUGGCCCUGGCGAGCUCGGGCCGGGCUGGCAGGACAAGCCGCCGCGAGAAAACGGACAUGUGCCCUUCCAUCCUUCUGGUGCGGUGCCAUCUACCAUCAACAGUAUUGGGAGCAACGCAAAUGCAGGCCUCCCCUGCCAAAUCCACCCAAGCCCGCUGAAGCGGUCCAUGUCGCUCAUCCCCACGAGCCCACAGGGCCCUGGUGAAUGGCUGAGCCCAGAGGAACUGGGGGCAAGAGCCGCCUUUGCCCCACCCGACCACGCGCCCCUCUCACCCCAGAGCAGUGUGGCUUCCUCAGGCAGCGAGCAGACGGAGGAGCAGGGCUCCAGCCGGAACACUUUUCAGGAGGACGGUAGUGGUAUGAAAGAUGUGCCAUUGUGGCUCAAGAGUCUUCGCUUACACAAGUACGCAGCCCUCUUCUCCCAGAUGAGCUACGAGGAGAUGAUGACCCUGACAGAGCAGCAUCUGGAAUCUCAGAACGUGACCAAAGGUGCCCGUCACAAGAUUGCCCUGAGCAUCCAGAAGCUGCGUGAGAGGCAGAGUGUCCUCAAGUCCCUGGAGAAGGAUGUCCUGGAAGGUGGGAACCUGAGGAAUGCAUUACAGGAGCUCCAGCAGAUCAUCGUCACACCUAUCAAGGCCUACAGCAUCCUGCAGGCAGCUGUGGUGGCUGCAGCCAAGGAGGGGGGAAGGGGGGAGCCGCCGCUGGGCGCCGAGCCCCCCCCAGCUCGCCCCGGCCCAGAGAAGACCCCGGAGGCCAAGGAUCCCCCAGCAGAAAGCUAUCCCCCCCAGCCGGCCCCCGCCCCCAGUGACGGCAGUGAGCCGGCCACAGCCCCCGUCGCCGAUGGAGACCUCCCUAGCCAGUUUACCCGAGUGAUGGGCAAAGUGUGCACCCAGCUGCUGGUGUCCCGGCCAGAUGAGGAAAACAUUACCAGUUACCUCCAGCUCAUCGAAAAGUGCCUGACACAUGAGGCUUUCACCGAGACACAGAAGAAACGCCUGCUGUCCUGGAAGCAGCAGGUCCUCAAGCUGCUCCGAACCUUUCCCAGAAAAGCUGCUCUAGAGAUGCAGAACUACCGGCAGCAGCAGAAGGGCUGGGCUUUUGGCUCCAACUCGCUCCCCAUAGCUGGUUCUGUGGGGAUGGGAGUGACCCGACGGGCCCAGCGCCAAUUCCAGAUGCCCCCUCGGGCCCUGCCGCCUAGCCGAAUGGGCAUCCUGAGCCCCGCGGGCAUUGGGGGCGUCUCACCUCGGCAUGCCCUCACCAGCCCCAGUCUCGGGGGACAAGGACGACAGAACCUGUGGUUUGCCAACCCUGGAGGCAGUAACAGCAUGCCCAGCCAGAGCCGGAGCUCCGUGCAGCGCACCCACUCCCUCCCUGUGCAUUCCUCCCCCCAGGCUCUCCUCAUGUUCCCACCAGACUGCCAGGUGCCGGGCCCAGACCUGGAGAUCAACCCCACGCUGGAGUCUCUCUGCCUCAGCAUGACGGAGCACGCCUUGGGUGAUGGGACAGACAAAACCUCCACGAUCUGAUGUGACUGAGAGCCCAGCGGACACGUCGUCCCCUUGGGGUGGGGAGAGGGAGCCACCUAUCCCCUCAGUGACAGAGGGGUGGUGUUGGCUCAGUUAUAUGUUCUAAUAUUUUUCUACUUUAUUAUCCCUUUAACUCUGGUUUAAUAUUGAUAUACACCAUUCGCCCCCCCUCCCCCGGAAGCCCCACGUUGCUAUGACGCAGGGUAUAGAGGGGGAUCUCUGCUGAGGGCCAGGGCAUGGUAGGGAGGGGAGCCAGGGCAAGUGCCCUGGGCACCUCCUCUUUCCCCUGCGUCCUUUCCGGACGAUGGCCACCCCUCCCCAGGGAAACUGACUCCAAAGGAGAUCACCAGAUUCCCCCCUCCCCUGCCCCCCCUUGGGGGGGGCCUGCCUGAGAGCAGUGGGGGUGACAGAGCACAGAUCUGCCUGCUCUGGUCAACACUUUGUGGGAGGAGACAAAAGUCUUGUUUUCUUCCAUCAUUCUCCCCCUUUCUCACAGACACACACACCUUCCCCCAAGAAUAGGGGGACCACCUCUCUCUCUCUCUCUCUCUCUCUCUCUCUCUCUCUCCCCCCCCCCUUUCCCCCCCUCUCCUUCUCUUUCUCUCCUUUCACUCUCCUUUUUCUCUCUCCUCUCUCUUUCCCUUCCCAGAGUUUCCGUACGAUUAAUUUCUUAGGCCUAUUUAAGACAUAUAUUUAUAUAGUUCUUAGCGGUUUCUCUGUCUCUCUUUCAAUCACACUCUCCCUUCCUCUCAUUUUUAAUCUCUUCAUUGGGUCUCUCUGAGCCAUGAUGUGUGGAGGGAGGGCGACGGGGGAGGCUGAGGGUUUGGGGGAUGGAACCGGGGAGAAGGCAGCGCCUUCUUGCCCCCAUCCUCCUUCCACCCUGCCCCCCAGACUCCCCUCUACCCCCUGCCUAGCUCCUGGAGGCCCCCGGGGGGAGGUAGGGCAGGGCAAAUAGGUGGGGGAGCGGCCAGUGGGGUCAGAAAGUCUGUUGCCUUAAUGCCCCCUCCCUUCACACACACCCCUUCUAUAGCCCCACCCUGAGCAGGUGAGAGACUGGGGGUGGGCAGUGGAAGGGCUUCUCUUUAAGUUUUUUUGUUUUCUUCUAACCCUCUCCCUGCUCUGUCGUGACCUCACUGAAGUGGAACACUACAUCAUAGCCUAGAGUCCCACCCCCGGCCCCUUGGGGGGGUGGGGAGAGAGCUGGGGCAGCUGGAGGGGAGCCGGCGGAGCCCCGGCCCUCUCCUCCCCCGCCCCCCAGGUGGGCCUCUUCUUGGUACAGAAGCCUUUCCCACCCUACCCCCUUCCUGCUGGGACUCUCUCAAGCUUUUCACACAGAAAAGGAAAAAAAAAUGUUAUUUUUAGAUACAUUUUAUGAAUAACUUUUGUUAUGACUAUGGCUGGUAACCAUUACGUAUGUUAUUAAAGAAACAAAAUGUU